GUUUCAAACACGAGCUGUCAUCACGCGUCGCAACAGUUUUUUAUUUGGGUCUUUUGGAGGAUUUUACAAGAACUUAUGACUAAAAUGCCGCUUGUGGAGGUGGAACUAGAUUCUAGUGUUGUUACCAAAGCAUGUGCCGUGCAGUUAGUACGAAGUAUCAUCGAAUUUUUGCUGUACGACCGACUGCAAAUUCCGCUGCCGUACGGUGCGUUCCGGGAGCUGGUCAAAUCGAGAACUCUGCCGAUUGAGGACGAUUUACCCGUUCGGGGAGCGGAUAUAAAGUUGAGAAAAGAAAUAGAGCAGGCCAAGCAGACCGUCACAAAUGUGGAUCUCUUGUUUGAGAUUAUCGCAGCGUGCGUUGAGCAGGAUCCUUGUUUACGGGAGGUGCUGAUACUGUUGGGGAGCACUAUCUACACGGCAAAGGAAACAUUCCACGUUAGAUUGCCAGUGAUUGAUGUGAACCACCACGGAAUUAAUCACCGCCAAGACCUGAAGAAGGAUCUCAUGAAGCUCAACAGGGCUCUUUUUACCUCGGAUGAGUUUAACUCUAUUCGUCCCGUGCAGCUGCCUACGAAUGUACACGUUUUGGUCAAAACCUCCAACAUACCGCCAACCGUUGAGGAGGACAUUUUUACUCUUUUAGACGAUUACGAAGUACCACCGAAAUGUCCUGUUUUUAAUGUACAACUGAACUCGUCGAUGGAUGCGACGCGAUUGAAUUGCUGCAAUCGAUUGGAAGUGUUUCAAGAUAAUGCGUCCCUUGAAACGGUCUCUGCCUUUUCAGACACAGAAGCAACGACGAAAACAGCAGAAACGCCGGGAAGUUGGUUGCAGUUAAACAUAAUUACGCGGGGAUUGAAUCGAUGCUCCUCGCUGAUGCAGUAGAGUUGGUAGAUUU